UGAUUUCACCACAUUCAAGAUGCAGCUUAUUCUUCCCACCCUCUCUUUUCUGCUGGUGCCGGUCGCGGUAAAGUGCCUAUCUACAAGGUUUCCUCCCCGCUCCCACCAUCGUAGAAAGUCUCGGGAGCAGCAGCGGACUGGGUUCGGUGAUCGUCCCUUUAUGUAUCGGGAAUGUGGCUCAUUGGGAAAGGCAGUUGGUUGUCUAUACGGAUGCGCACAUGGCAGUCUUCGAGCACAAUGGACAUAUCGUGUGACAUCCACAGUCGUCUACUUCGAAGCUCUGCGAGCAAAAAAAAACCACCAGUGCUUGAGUAUAAAGCCAGAUCAUCGAUGGACUCAGCACCUCCCGUCCUUGAUCGGUCGUCGAGUCUCAUAGCCAUUAUGUCUGCCCCAGUUGCGUACUACAACGUCGAGGUCGUUCAAUUCUGGCGAGGGCAGCAAACGACGGGACGGCUAUCCCCUUCACUGGGCGAUCUACGUUCCGACCGGUCGUGGGAUCGACAAUACAUACCAAAAUUUGGAAAACACGGACACCUUCACCAUCGACUUCAGGC